AUUGUAAUAAUUACAAUUCAGCAUAAUAAAUAAUGUUGUCAACGGCCUCACAGGACCAAACCAUCAAUAUUAACUAAACUACUAUUUCAACAACUGUAUCUCAUAUCACAGCUUGUGCAUAAUUUUAAGCAGUUUUGCAUGUAAUAAGUGUUUAAUAUAUCACAUUACUGUGUCAUAUGGCCACAUGGCAGAGACUAACAGCUGUCUUACUAGCCAUGUUAAAAAAUCAAUACACUCUCUCAUUCCUCCAAUGAGAACUACAAUCAGUAGUUGGUGGCCAAUGAAAUGUUAAUUUGUUGUAUGAUUAUGAAUAGAUUCAGGAAUGGAUAAUGGUGGCUAGAGGAAAUAUUUUCAUGUAGAUUAGGAAAGAAUGGCAUAAUAAUCCAGCUUCCUGUCUUAGUCAGAUAACAGAUAUAGCAAGUCUGGAUCAGAUAGCCAUUUAAACAAUUUAAAACUCUGAAUAAAUAUAAUUUAAUUUUAAUGAUGACCAAAAAACAUUAUCAUUGUUGAUGAUCCGCUUUUUUUUUACAAAACAUGACAUUUCAACAGUGUAGUAAUUAGCUUUAAAUCAACAAAAUUUCUUGACCUGGGCUCAAAAUGGCUGACGUCGGUGAGGGAGAAAAGUCGACAUUAAUGUCAGAAGGUUCUACAAAGAGGACAAAGUCCAAGAAACCAGAUUGGAGUCGAUUUGGUUUAAGUUUGGAUCAACAACAACAGUCAGCCAAACAUCAUCCACAGAGUGAAGUGGAACAUGGAGCCUACCAGUCGACAGAUUACGGAAAUCAAAAUGAACUAUUCAGAGAGGAUCAGGAUUUAUCAGAAGUACCAUGGUGGAAAUCGAAUUUUUUUAUAUCAGCACCAGUAUUAUUUGGUACAUGGGAUGGUGUAUUUACUUCCUGUUUGAUCAACAUUCUGUCUGUUGUUAUUUUCUUACGAAUGGGCUGGAUAGUUGGUAAUGCUGGUAUAGGAUUAUCUAUAGUAACCGUGUUUCUGUCCGUAUCUAUAGUACUUAUUGUAGCUUUAAGUGCGAUUGGUGUGUGUGAACGAUGUCGGAUGGAUGCAGGGGGUGUAUAUUUUCUUAUAUCACAUGUGCUAGGUGGACGGAUAGGUGGAAGUAUUGGUAUUGUUUACUGCUUUGCUCAGGCUGUGAGUUGUUCGCUGUCUGUGAUGGGUUUUGGUGAAUCAGUCAUGGAGUUGAUUGGUGAAACUAAUCCAUGGAUAGCAAGAGGAAUAGCUUUUGGUGUAGUUAUAUUGUUAAUGGGUAUUAAUGUAGCAGGAGUAAAAUGGGUUAUACGUCUACAACUAGUGUUAUUAUUAGUAUUAUUUUUAUCUGCCAUGGAUCUUGUUGUUGGAUCUUUUGUUCAUACUGAUGUAGAGAAUGGGGUAACUGGGUAUACAGAGAUAAAUUUUGUCAACAACUCAGGACCAGAAUAUGCUGAAGGAGAGAGCUUUUUCAGUAUUUUUGGUCUAUUUUUUGCGACAGUUACUGGUAUUCUAGCUGGUAUCAAUAUGAGCGGUGAUUUACAAGAUCCUUUCCAUAAUAUACCUCGUGGUACACUAGCAUCUUUAGGUGUAGGAACGAUACUAUAUAUAUCUUUUAUACUGGUACUAGGAGCUACUUGUUUGCGGUCUUAUUUACUUGACGAUUAUAUGAUUGCUGAAAAGGUGUCUAUAGUAGGAUUUCUAUGGUUAGCUGGUUUAUAUUUAUCAUCUGUAUCAUCCUGUAUGGGAAGUUUAUACGGUCCACCAAGAAUUCUACAAUCAAUAGCUAACGAAAAUGUCAUUCCAUUCAUGAAAAUAUUGGGACGUGGACGUGGACCUAAUAAAGUACCUGUUUAUGCGUUGAUAGUGAUAACUCUAGUCGUCUUAUUAUUUAUCUGUGUGGGUCAAGUUAAUACAUUAGCUCCAGUUGUAACCACUGCCUUUAUGUUAACAUACGCAGCUAUAGAUUACAGUUACUUCGCUCUAGCCAUGAGCUACGAUAAACGGAAGGUGAGGGAAGCCAGAUUUCAACAAAAUGGAAAUAUUGGUGUGCGGAAAUCCAGUACAGGAAGUGAUAUCACCAAUGGAUCUGUUGGUUACAGUACAACACCAUUAACAGUUGAUGUGUCCAGAAAUAAAGAUUCUUUGGAAAAUAUGCGCAAUGAUUUGGAUAAAUUGUUUCCUGAAAGAAUAUCACAGAGAGGUCAACAUCAACAUCUUAUACGACAAGACAGCAGAACAACUCUUAGUGCUGCCACUACUCCCGAGGCCGAUUUUGAUGCUACUAAGAAAAAGAUUGGUCUUGAGGAAGCCUGUGAUUUAAAUGAUACAACACAACUUAUAGAUGGUAAAUAUGAUAUGACUGCAUAA